CAAACGUUGAGGGUUUAAUUUGAACUUGGGAUAUUUGGAUAUUCAAGAUUUGUUUAUUUUGUGCAAAUAUUGCAAAGAAGUAACAAGGACACCGUUGAUAUAGCGGAUUUAUGUGGACGGUUAUGUGAAGUUUGUGAUAAGAAAGAAACAAGUACAGAAUAAAUUGAAAUCAAGGGAAUCUUAACUGAUCUGCGAUGAAUGGCUGACAUUCAUUUACAAGGAUAUGAUUGUGUUAAACAGUUUUUGAACAGAGAUAUGAGAUAUUUUACUGAAGCUAUAUGAUAUCUGUAAACACAGUCUUGAUCGUUUGGUUUUUGUCUCCUGACGCCAAAAAGUGCUGGCAAUGUUUGUAGAACGUGCGUUUUAGGAUUAAUUCACGACUUAUCAGAGCUCAUAUGACCUUCCUCAGACGGUUCCCAUCCCUCUAGCCUAAAAUGACAGGAAGCGAGGGAGGCCUCACCAAAAUGUUCCGGUGGUUAAAGGACCGGAAAAAAGGCGGCAAAGCAUCGCCUCACCGGAAAGGGCGGCCGGAAGACGAUUAUGGCUUCCGGAAGAAGCAAAUCAUCCUGCAAGAGACUGAGAACGGCCACAGUGUAAUCAUUAAAGACGACGAAAAGACGCUCGUCUACCCACAAAGCUUUGGGAGGUUUCACUUCCGGGCACGCAUGCCAACUCCAGUCCAAAACUUUAGAGAAACUUCUAAUCACAUAUAUGAUGAAAUUCCGGAACGAUAUGUUCGAAGUAAGAUUGAGUUUGACACUGAUAUCAGCAGAGAAGCUGAUUUGAUUAGAGAUACGAGACCGGCUAAAGAUUCAAGGGUGGAUUUUAGUAAUGCAAUAGAAGUUGGGCCAUAUUUGAUAGUGCCUCUUGUCAAUUCACAAACUUCAAAACCGUGUGGGGAUGUGGAAAUAUUCAAACGUGAUUGUGAUGAAAAGAACAUGUCAGAAAAGUGUGAUAAAGUUGAAACAAAAUGUACUUGUAAAAAUCCAAACUGUUUACAGUGUAGUCCUGUUUCAACUUGGAUAUCUUCUGCAAACGCUGAAAGUGCCAAAGCACCACCCGUUGUUCUUACGCGGUGUGAAAGUAGUUCAUUAAGGGGGCUUAAACAUGCUACCGAACAGAUCGAUGAUCAAAACAACAGUUCAAAUUUGUGUUCAUUUUCCAAAGGUGCUCAAACUAACUGUGCUUUUCGUAUUUUUGCCGACUCGCCUGGUGCUGACAGUAAUUCGCGAACUUUGACGGGAACGCCUGACAGCAACUCACGGACGUUGACGGGAUCCCCCGAUUUUACACAAACGCCCGAUUCGUUGUCGGAGAGAUCCGACGAUUGUGCAAUAAAAGAAGAAAAAGUUGUUAAAUAUAAAAAACGUACCACCAAACGUAAGUCCAAAACUGUCAAACAUAAAGACCAUGCGGACGGAAACGAAACCGGAUACGAAUAUGAUCUCAGUACUUCCGGUGACAGUGAACGUUCGCGGGUCAGUGAACACGAGGAUUAUAAAUUGUAUUUAUCAAAAAUCGAGUCAAAUCUACAACUCAAACAUGAUGUUCGAAAACUGGUGCAAGAUGUGGAAACUGUUACUAUAGAUACUGAUGAGAAUGUCGCCGACAGUGGCGAUUUAGCGUCCAUGACGUAUGUUUCUAGUCUUUCGGAAUAUUCCACAGCAGCGAGUCAAGUUAGUGACAUUUCCGCCGACAAGUCAUGUUCCGACGACAGCGGCGGGUUUUAUGAGUGCAUGGAGGAUACUUCCGGUACCAAAAAUGCAAAAACUAACAGUAAAAUGGAGCAUCGUGUAAGUCUGGAACGCUCCGUUUCCGCUCCUGACGGCAGAUCAAAGAAAAAGACUUCAAGAAAACAUAAAGACAAAACUGAUAAGCCCAGCAAAACGCCAGGUCAGCGAAGCAAAUCGUUUGACUGUCGCGUGUACAAAGCCCUUACGGACGAGGAAAGAGAACUGUAUAAAUUCCCUUCCGCCGGAAACUCUUCCAGUUCCCUGCCAUCACGCACGGGGCGGGGCAAGCCGGCACCUUUAGCCCCUCAACCAACCCCUGUGUACAUGGAACCGUAUAGAGGCAAAUCGCGUAGUCAUAAUAGACUCUUAGGGGACCUUAUUCGAAUGAACUAUGAUAAACAGCUGUUCUUUCAUUGAAAAGAUCACUUACUUCCGUAAUUAUACUCGCUUGUUAUAAUAUUUAUGAGGUAUUCAAUACCCGAGUUGCUUAUUUCGUCAGUUGUUUAUUUUUUUUUAACACUGUUAAAAGUGUUCUGUUCGAAGUUUCAAAGCUCGGUUUAAGAAUAAAAUUUUGUCUUACAUUAAAAAAGUAUGCCUUUAAACCGUUUGCACUAGCCGUACUGUGAUUGUAACACAUACAUUUCAUGUAAAGUAGACUGCAUCUAUUAUUUUAUGACUUAAAAACUUAUUACUUAACGCCCUUAGAAACUUUGGAUUUUUUUUCAACACGCAGUAAACUUUCAGCUAAAACAAAAGUAUUUCUUAUUCAUUUGAUGAACAUUUCGGUGCUUAAAUGGUUAACUUUGCUAUGAUUGUUUCGUUUUCGAAAUCCAGAACUUCAGAAGGUAAUCACGGUCUUUAUUGCAAAUUGUUUUUACUGGCAAUUAAAGGAUUUCAUCUUAGCCGUUUAGUUCACAUACAGAGUUUCACGGCUGAACGGUUCCGACUUAGGUAAAUAAGAUGGUAGAUAUACUACUUCUUUGCCCAGCAUUUUAAACGAAGACUGAUCACUUUCAUUGUUUGAUUUUUGAACAGCAUAGAAAACGUUUAUCAUUUAUUAUCUUACAAUGUUAGUGAUAAUAUUUUUAAGAUACAUUUGCAUUCUUGAAGGACAAAUACUUGAUAUGAACGGAAAACAAAACUGUAGUGGCAUCACAUGACAAACCACCCAUCAGUAACUGACGGUACAUGUUGUGUGAAAAAACCCUGUAAAUCUUACACUUCUUAGAAAGUAACUUUAAACCACAAAGUGGAUGAACUAGUUACUGGUAUAUAGAUUUUUCAUAGUGCAAUCCUUUAUAUGUACUUCAAUGGUAAAACAUGCUUAUUUCGUUCACGUUUAAUGGCUGUUUUAUGUCUUUCAUAUAUUUCAUAAUGUUGCUACUUGCAAAAGUAAAAUAAACUUCAA